AUGUCAGUUCUACCACGUGGGUAUGAGAGUACACGACCAUGCCCAAGGUACGGUUAUGUCAAAGGUGAAUAUAGCAUCUACUACAAGAGACCAAGGUGUGGACAGCCGCGACCACAGCCAUUCCAAAAGGAAUGUGCACCAUAUUACGGAGGCCCGAGUAACACUCCUGUAGAACGACCGUGCUGUUACGAUUUUCCUUGCAAAGCUGAUUGCUUCAAUCACGGUGCUUGCACGAGACCAAGUGGCCGAUACGCUCGAACUGUUUGGUACCCUGGAGAAUGCUGUCCCGUCGUUCCACCGUGUCAAGCGUUCACUUGUCCCAAUCCGCCGUAUCAUCCCUGCUGUUAUCAUACCUGUAACAAACUUGUAUAA